AUGAAGUUUUCACAAACCGCUUUAGUUACUGCUUUGGCAGUUUCUUCCACCAACGCUUUAAUCGUUCAAAAUCCAUUCAAUAAUAUCCAACAAGCAUUACAAUUGGAUUUAUCUUAUGAUAAGUUAACCACUAAAUUGAGUAGUGCCUUCGAGUCUGGUAAAGAUAACGUUAUUUCUACCAUUGCUAAAGUCUUGAAUGAACCAAUUGAAGGUUUAACUCCAGAAAUUAAGAAUGUUUGGUCAGAAAUGAUGUUGAAAUUCCCAAGCUCAAUUUCUGAAUUGAAUUUUAAAGCUCCAGGUAAGAAGAGCGGAAUUACUAAACAAAAAUUUGACUUCCACGUUACUGAUGCUAGUUUACCAAACCAUCAAUUGAGAAUUAAAGCCACCCCUGAAGAUUUAGGUAUUGAUUCUGUUAAACAAUAUUCUGGUUAUUUGGAUGUUGAAGAUGAAGAUAAACAUUUCUUCUACUACUUUUUCGAAAGUAGAAAUGACCCAAAGAAUGACCCUGUUAUUUUAUGGUUGAAUGGUGGUCCAGGUUGUUCUUCCUUGACUGGUUUAUUUUUCGAAUUGGGUCCAUCCGGAAUUGACCAAAAAUUGAAACCAGUUUAUAACCCACACUCUUGGAAUGCCAAUGCUUCAGUUAUUUUCUUGGACCAACCAAUCAAUGUUGGUUACUCUUAUUCUUCCCAAUCUGUUUCUAAUACCGUUGCUGCCGGUAAAGAUGUUUACGCUUUCUUGCAAUUGUUUUUCAAGAAUUUCCCAGAAUAUGCUAAUUUGGAUUUCCACAUUGCUGGUGAAUCUUAUGCUGGUCAUUAUAUCCCAGCUUUUGCUAGUGAAAUCUUGACUCACAAAGAAAGAAACUUUAACUUGACUUCUGUCAUGAUUGGUAAUGGUUUAACUGAUCCAUUAGUCCAAUACGAAUACUACGAACCAAUGGCUUGUGGUGAAGGUGGCGAACCAAGUGUUUUGGAACCAGAAGAAUGUCAAAACAUGUUGGAUGGAUUGCCAAGAUGUCUUUCUUUGAUUAAAUCAUGUUAUGAAAGUGGUUCUGUUUGGUCUUGUGUUCCAGCUACUAUUUACUGUAACAAUGGACAAAUGGGUCCAUACCAAAGAACUGGUAGAAAUGUUUACGAUAUUAGAACUAUGUGUGAAGGUUCUAGUUUGUGUUACAAAGCCUUGGAAUACAUUGAUGAUUAUUUGAACUUGCCAGAAGUCAAAAAAGCUUUGGGUGCUGAAGUUGAUGAAUAUCAAUCUUGUAACUUUGAUAUCAACAGAAACUUUAUGUUUGCUGGUGAUUGGAUGAAACCAUACCAAAAGAAUGUUAUUGACUUAUUAGAACAAGAAUUGCCAGUUUUGAUUUACGCCGGUGAUAAAGAUUUCAUUUGUAACUGGUUGGGUAACCAAGCCUGGACUGAUAGAUUAGAAUGGAGUGGAUCUAAAGGUUUCAGUAAAGCCCCAGUUAGAUCAUGGAAGGUUAAUGGUAAAGAAGCUGGUGAAGUUAAGAACUAUAAACAUUUCACCUUUUUGAGAGUAUUUGGUGGUGGUCAUAUGGUUCCUUAUGAUCAACCAGAAAACUCUUUAGACAUGGUCAACAGAUGGGUCAGUGGUGAUUAUAAAUACUAA